AUGAUAAACCAGUCCUCUUAUAGAAAUUCUUUCGUUCAGUCUUCCAUAGAAACAGCUAGGCUUUAUGGGUUUCAAGGUUUAGACCUUCGUGGGGUUGUGCCAAAAGGAAGUAGCUCGGAUAUGGCCAACCUCGGUACCCUUCUUCUGGACGAGUGGCGAGUUGCUGUAAAUUCUGAGGCAAAAAAUUCAAGCAAUCCUGAGUUACUCCUGGUCAUGGCCGGCAAUCGUCUGCCAGCUUUGGGUUCAGUCAUUUACCCAAUUGAUUCCAUGAGGAGGAACUUGGAUUGGGUACAUGUAAAAGCGUACGAUUACUAUUUGCCUGGUAGGGACAGAGUCACAUACUUUCAUGCAGCUUUGUAUGGCCCUUCGAACAUGGCUAAUACGGAUGAUGGCAUAAAUGAGUGGAAGAGAAGAGUAAGUGAGAAAAGUAAUUGA